CUACUUUUACUUGGAAACCACGUUUGAUCGAUUCUUAUAUAAGGAUAGCAGUACUCUUCUUCUUCGUGUAUUUUCUGCAAAUCAAAGUCCCGUUCGAAAGAAGUUAGCCUGCCGCAAUGGAAUGGUGCAGUCACUGUCAAAGAAGCUGCGUCGAAGUAUGCAUGUUUGGCUUCAUUUCCUGUCCUACAUGUGGAAAGGUUCUUGCUGAAGUUGGUGUUCGGAAAAGUUCUUACUUGAUUAAAGCCAGACAGAAGAGAAUGAAAAGAGUAAAGAAGGAGAAGGAGGAGGAGAAGAAGAAGAAGAAGAAGAAGCCUGCAGGUGCAACAGAACCAGACAGUUCUAGUUCUUCUUCGAGUCCCUCAACCCCUGAAAGCAAAGUUAAUCCAAUUGAGUGUUCCCAGAAAGCAACCGACAAGAACCCGAUCAUUCAAAGGAAAAGCAAUACCAGGAUGAUGUGGUGCAGCCACUGUCUCGAAUUCUGCAGGACAGAAAGCUGUGGUGACGCCAUAUGCUGUUCUUUCUGUGGAAAGGUUUUAGAGUCAGUGAUCCCCAGGAGAAAUUCUUUCUAAUUAAUGUUGUCCUGCAUGGCUAAGAGUUCUAGCUUAUUAAUGACUCUUUUGAGAAUUGGUAUUAGUUUGGACUUUGGAAUGCUGGAAAGUCGAUAUUUUCACUUUUCUUUGUUUCAUUUUAAAUACAGUAUGUGUAGGGAUGGGGAAAUCCCCACACCCAAUAACUUUCAUUCAUUGCAAUCAAUGGAAUUUUUGUUACCAACUUAGGUGGGCAUUAAUUACGUUCAUCAAAUUCAG